AGCUCUCGCGAGAAGUACAGAUGCUGCUCUCCCGCGCCUAGUUCAGGUUUCUGGUAGCGGUUUUCCUCGGGUUCAGGCGACUCCCGCCCCUUUUUCCUGAGAUAGAGGUGGCCUGUGGCCUCGCUGGUCGUCUCUGACAAGUCCAAGCUGGGGUAACUUAGGCCUUGCUGCGGUGUUGUAGCGUGCGGGUCCCGGGCGGAAGCCACGACGUUUGGACUUGGGUGGUUUUUCUGACAUACCUGAACACAGACAACCCCAGGGUACUUGGAGAGGAACCUGGUGCCAGAGGAACUCUUCCGUAAAAAUGAGCCCCACAGAUCCACUUGACGAUGAAGACACAUUUAAAAUCCUGGUUGCCACUGAUAUUCAUCUUGGAUUUAUGGAGAAAGAUGCAGUUAGAGGAAAUGAUACAUUUGUGACAUUUGAUGAAAUUUUAAGACUUGCCCUGGAAAAUGAAGUGGAUUUUAUUUUGUUAGGUGGUGAUCUUUUCCAUGAAAACAAGCCCUCGAGGAAAACCCUGCACAGCUGCUUGGAGCUGCUCAGGAAGUACUGUAUGGGUGACCGCCCUGUGCAAUUUGAGAUCAUCAGUGACCAGUCAGUCAACUUUGGUUUUAGUAAGUUUCCAUGGGUGAACUACCAGGAUGGCAAUCUCAACAUUUCCAUGCCAGUGUUUAGUAUCCACGGCAACCAUGAUGAUCCCACAGGGGCAGAUGCCCUCUGUGCCCUGGAUGUUUUAAGCUGUGCUGGGUUUGUGAAUCACUUUGGACGGUCAAUGUCUGUGGAGAAGGUUGACAUUAGUCCGGUUCUGCUGCAGAAAGGAAGCACAAAACUCGCUCUGUAUGGCUUAGGGUCCAUUCCAGAUGAAAGGCUCUAUCGGAUGUUUGUCAAUAAAAAAGUAACAAUGCUAAGACCAAAGGAAGAUGAGAACUCAUGGUUCAACUUAUUUGUGAUUCAUCAGAACAGAAGUAAACACGGAAGUACCAACUUCAUCCCUGAGCAGUUUUUGGAUGACUUCAUUGACCUUGUUAUCUGGGGCCAUGAACAUGAGUGUAAAAUUGGGCCAACCAAAAAUGAGCAGCAGCUCUUCUACGUGUCUCAGCCUGGAAGCUCCGUGGUGACAUCCCUCUCCCCUGGGGAAGCUGUGAAGAAACAUGUAGGCUUGCUGCGCAUUAAAGGGAGAAAGAUGAACAUGCAGAAGCUGCCUCUCCGCACAGUGCGACAGUUCUUCAUGGAAGACGUGGUUCUGGCCAACCACCCAAGCCUGUUCAACCCCGACAACCCUAAGGUGGCCCAGGCCAUCCAGAGCUUCUGUUUGGAAAAGAUUGAAGAAAUGCUUGACAAUGCUGAGCGGGAGCGGCUGGGGAAUCCUCAGCAGCCGGAGAAGCCUCUUAUCCGACUCCGGGUGGACUACAGUGGAGGCUUUGAACCUUUCAACGUUCUUCGUUUUAGCCAGAAGUUUGUGGAUCGAGUCGCCAACCCAAAAGAUGUUAUCCACUUUUUCAGACACAGGGAACAAAAGGGAAAAGCAGGAGAAGAAAUCAACUUUGGGAUGCUCAUCACAAAACCUGCUUCAGAAGGAACCACGCUCAGAGUAGAAGACCUCGUAAAGCAGUAUUUCCAAACUGCAGAGAAGAAUGUUCAGCUCUCACUGCUGACAGAAAGAGGGAUGGGUGAAGCAGUUCAAGAGUUUGUGGACAAGGAAGAGAAAGAUGCCAUCGAGGAAUUAGUGAAGUACCAGCUGGAGAAAACCCAGCGGUUUCUUAAGGAGCGCCAUAUCGAUGCUCUGGAAGACAAGAUUGAUGAGGAGGUCCGACGUUUCAGAGAAAGCAGACAGAAAAAUACCAACGAAGAAGAUGAUGAAGUCCGAGAGGCCAUGAGCAGAGCCCGGGCCCUCAGAUCACAAUCAGAGAACUCCGCCUCAGCCUUUAGUGCGGAUGACCUGAGUUUUGAUACAAUGGAGCAGACAGCAAAUGACUCUGAUGACAGCUUGUCAGCAGUGCCUAGCAGAGGCCGGGGCCGAGGCCGGGGCCGAAGAGGAGGCAGAGGGCAGAGCACUGCACCCAGAGGGGGUUCUCAGAGAGGCCGAGACACUGGGCUGGAGAUCACCACUCGAGGCAGGGGCUCAAAGACCGCCUCAUCAACAUCUAGAAACAUGUCCAUCAUAGAUGCUUUCAGAUCUACCCGACAGCAGCCUUCCAGAAAUGUAGCCACUAAGAAUUACUCAGAGACCAUUGAGGUGGAUGAAUCUGAUGAAGAUGACAUUUUUCCUGCCAGUUCCAGGGCUGAUCAAAGGUGGUCGGGCACAACAUCUAGCAAACGGAUGUCCCAGAGCCAGACAGCCAAAGGGGUGGACUUUGAAUCAGAUGAGGACGAUGACGACGACCCUUUCAUGAGCAGUAGUUGUCCAAGAAGAAACCGAAGAUAAUGUUUUUAAUGGAACUUAGAAAUUGUCACAAUGCAGGAAGAAAUCAAAGCACCACAUGCUGACUUUACAGCUGAAGAUGUUUUAAUGGUGCCACUGACUAUGGAGUCUAAAACAUAUGGGUUUAUAUUUUAAAGUAUUGUUUCCUGAACGGUGACACCUUUAAGCCAUUUCCUAGCCCAAUGAAAAGAUUGCUGCUUCUUAGCCUUUCACCUGGCUAUUGGUGGGGCUGCUCUGCCAUAUUGAGAAUGUUAAUUUCCUGACAUAACUGUGUUUCUUGCUCAUAAGAAUUUUGCUAAAAUUCCAUUUUUGAAUGAAGAUUAGAGAAACCCCUCCAUUAUUCAUUUCUGCUUUACAAUCAGAGACUCUCAGCCUUCUGUGCCACAGAGUCGAUUGGAAAGCUGACGGACUUGGGUGGUAUGUGCUGUAGUCAUUUCCUGUAUCUCCAGAAAGCAAGGCCCUCCUGUGUGUGGAGCAGCCUGAGCUCCCUGUAUGUUAUCUAGUGUGGAUUUCAGAGCUUGCUAGAGGACCAUCUCCUAGGACCAGAAGGGCCUUAUAUUUCAACAGUUAGUAUAAGGUUUUUGUUGAGCAUUUUGGUUUUGAUUUUUAUUCAUGUUGUAGCAGAGAUUCAGACCCUGUUCCCAUGGGGCAGUAGUCAUUUUCCUGAUGACUCUGUCAUUAGUGACAACCUCUUUUUCUUUCUCAUAUAUUUGUCAGGGAGAAAAGGUUAAUAGGAUUUUUCUGUUUUCUUAAAAAUAUUGAAAAGCUUUUUUUUUGACAAUGCAGCCAGCUGACCUUGUGGUUAGUUCAGGCUGACAUACUGCAAUACAGCUUUUUCCCAGGGUCAGGGCAAGGCCUCCUUGAGCAGCAGUACUGUACCCUGGCUUUGGUUGCUAUAAACAUCUCUAAAGAGAUGAUCCCAAAACUGACUGAAACAGCAAGUUUAUAUUUUCUUACUUGUUUUAGGAAGGAAAUAAAAAUAUUAUCCCUUCA